AAGUUUCUUAUUCUGGUCAUGAUCAAGGCAUAGUAGCAAGAGCAAAACGUUCUAUAAAAAAAAAUACAAAUAAGCGCAAAAAGAAUUCUACUAAAUUAGUUUCAGAAAAAAGACAACGAACAAAAUCUAAUAUUGAAAAUAAAAAAGUAGAACAAGCUAAUACAGAUUUAGAUGAA